AUGCUUUUUUUGACCCUGCUACUGGCACUGGUGUGCCCCGCAUUGGCCAAGAGACAGCUUUUCUCGACUUCGUUGGUCACGUGCAUGGAAAACACGAAGAUUGUUCCGCAUUACUUCAAAGUGACUUUCGACCCAGAUAAGCGGUCCUUAAAGUACGAUAUCUCGAUCACGACGGAGGUGUCCGGGUACAUCUACGCGUACGUGGACGUGUACGCGUACGGAAUCGACGUGAUCCAGGAGGAGUUGAACUUCUGCUCGAUCGGAUGGAAGCAGUUUUGCCCGAUGUUCACAGGAUCCAUGGAAGUGGAGUCUGUGGAGUAUAUCGACAAGAAAUACGUGGAUAUGAUCCCCGGGAUCGCGUUCACGUUCCCGGACCUCGAUGCAGUGGCCCGUAUCAUCAUCGUUAACAGCAAAAACGAGCCUGUGGGCUGUCUUCAGAGCUCAUUCUCGAACGGCCGCACAGUUUCCCAUAUUGGUGCGAAAUGGGCCACUGCAGUGGUUGCAGGCAUCGGGUUGCUAAUCUCGAGUGUGCUUUCCCUCUUUGGCAACUCGGCCUCGGCCUCCCGGAUGUCGGCAAUGUCACUAACGAUGUUCACAUACUUCCAGAGCGUGAUUAUCAUCUCGAUGCUUCACGUGCAGAAAAUCCCCCCUAUAGCAGGUGCGUGGUCGGAGAACUUGGCAUGGUCGAUGGGGCUCAUCGAGACCAGCUUCAUGCAGAAGAUCUUCCGCUGGUACGUGCAGGCCACCGGCGGAACCCCGACGCAGUACCUCACAUCAACCACACUUUCACUCUUGGCACAACGGUCCUUGGAUUUCGGCGUUGACGUCAUGAACAACGGCUUGUGGUCGGCUGUCUCGACGCUCGUGACCGGUGGCUCCAGUUUGGCCCGCCGAGCCACCCAGCCCGACAGUUCGAACUUCAUCAACAUGGACGAUGUCGAGGGAAGCAAGUUUCUCAAGAUAUUGCGUGGAAUGAUCCGUGUCGGCUACAAGGCGGGCAUAGAGCCCACGUCGAUCGUCUGCACCGGCUUCACCUUCUUCAUCAUCUUCCUCUACGUCCUAGUCGCGGGCUUCCUCGUGUUCCGGUUGGCGUGCAGGGGGAGACGCGGUCGACGCGACGGUACCGAGUCGAUCGACGCACCAAUCGACCAAAAGCGUCCCUCGCUCUUCCGCCGCUCCGUCGCCCCCGACUACGCCUGGAACACCACGCUCAAGGGCACCUUGUUGCGGUACAUCUACAUUGGUUUCCCCCAGCUUGUCAUCCUCUCUCUCUGGGAGUUCACUCAGGUCGAUUCGCCAGCAGUUGUCGUGAUUGCCGUUUUUUUCCUACUUUUGGCCUUGUCGACGAUGGGGUACUCGUGCUACAAAGUGAUCAAGUUCGGCCGGCAGUCGGUUGCGGAGCACAACAACGCUGCAGCGAUCUUGUAUGGGGAGUCACGCAUCCUCGGAAAGUACGGAUUCCUAUACACGAUGCUAGAUGCACAGAAGUACUGGUUUGCGGGAGUGAUGCUACUGUACUGGCUCGUGAAGUUCAUCUUUGUGUCCUUGUGCCAGGGCUCGGGCAAGACCCAGGCACUCGUGAUCUUCGUGCUCGAUUUGGCCUACACGAUAUACACGGGAAUCCAGAAACCGUAUCUUGACAAGCCGACAAACGUGAUGAACAUCUGCAUCAGCAGUGUCAACACGGUCAACUCGUUGUUCUUCACCUUCUUCUCUGGACUAUUCCACACCCCCUCUGCCGUUGCCGCCAUUAUGGGACUCGUGUUCUUCUUCCUAAAUGCCGCAUUCAGCCUCCUCUUGCUCAUCUACAUCCUCUUUUUCGCCUGUGUCGUGGUUUUCUCGAAAAACCCAGAUGCCAAGUUUUCGCCCGCAAAGGACGACCGGGCCUCUUUCCGUAAGAAGCAUCAGUCUCUAUACAACGGUCCGGAUGGUGCCGAAGAGUUGUUGGACUUGGGCCAGGUCGCUCAGGGUCACAAUGCCAAUUGGGCCUCUGAAAUGUACAAGUUGAAGAAUCUCGUCGAUUCGUCCAACUCUGCCUCAGAGGUCAAAGAUGAGGGUUCCGAGCUUGUUGCCGAUGAGGCCGACAAGCCAAAGAGGUCCGGCAGCAGGCUUGGGCUCAAGAUUAAGGACACGCUUCACCGGGGGAAGAGUCUUCUCUCGAGAAAAGGUACAACACGGAAAAACAAGAAACAGGAGGCGGAUGAUUUGCCUCUCACGUCCAAUUCCCCGACAAGCAAGGGGUCUGGCCACGAUACAAUCGGCGAUCUGCAACCUCCAGACCGCUUUGUGAAGUCCGACUCCGGCCACGUGUCCAUUCCUUCAAGUAGCAGCAAUUAUGGCUUGCACCAGAGGUUGACCAGUGUUGAUGGAAGUGUGGACACCAGUCUUUACACCAAUGAGGCCACCCAACCUGCAAAUCUAUACAAGACGAACGGGUCCUACGGCCAUUAUUGA